AUGGGGGUUGUGAUUUUCCUGGAUUCUACUCGCAAUGUCAUUGAAGGCUUGACUGUUAAAUUUAAGGUUUCUUCCCCUCUUGAGUCUCGAGGCAGAGGCCAUUGCUCUUUGAAGUGCUGUUAUAUUGAGUAAUUUGGAUUUUUAAAUUAUUGUUUUGCUGUUAUUUAGAUUGCUAUAGCUCACUAAGAGGUUGAAAUUCCUCUCCAUCAAAUACUCUAAAUCCUUAGGUAUAAUACCUUAUUCCAAACUCCUAAAAAUCUUUACCUAAAUGUAGCUAAGUUUUAUCUCUCUUAAAUUAGCAUUUAUUUAUUAUAUUUUUUAUUUUUUGAUUUUUUUUCUUUUAACUUUUUUUUUUUUAGUAUGGAUUUUUUUCUUUAACUUUAAUUAAUAUAAAAUAUACUAUUUCAACUAUGUAAAAGAAAAUAUAGAGAAGUUGAUGUAGGGGACAAUGUCAAAAUUUCACCAGAUUACAGUCAUAAUAAACUCUCUUGUAAGAUCUCUUUGGAACUCAAGAGUUUGAAAAAGUUGCAAGUUCUCAGCCUAGAGUCCAACAAAUUGAAUGGGCCAAUUCCAACUCAAUUGGGAACUCUUAAACUUUUGUACCAGCUUAAUCUUAGCAAUAAUCAUCUAAUGGAAGAAAUCCCUACGAGUCUAUCAAACUUGAGUGGGCUACAACAUCUUGAUUUGUCGACAAAUAAUUUAGCAGGCAAGAUACCGGAUUGGCUUGGUAGCUUUGAAAAUUUACUUAGCUUAAACCUUAGUCACAAUGUUCUAUCAAGUGAAAUAUCACUAGAGCUUGGAAAUUUGGCCUCUUUGCAUUAUGUAUUGGAUCUUAGCAGCAAUUUACUUGUUGGAGAAAUACCCUCAAGCCUUUCUAAGCAUACGGUUAAUUUUAUUUUUGGCAUCUUUAAUGUGAAAAAAAUAUUUUAUAAUUUAUUAUUUAAAUUGAUUUUCAUAUUUUGUCUAUUUGACUUUUAUAUUAAUUAAUUUAUUUUUAGAAAGAAAGUUGUCUAGCUUUUCUAUUUAUGAAAAAUAAAAAAGGGUAAAUUUAGUGACUCAUCCCUUUUCCAUCUAUCUAACACUGUAUUAAUGUGAUAUUGUGUGAGUUUCCUAUUGUGUUUGAUCUGAUUUUUUGAGUAGAAAAUCAAAGCAAAAUUUUCUUUUUCUAUAAAAGGAAAAUCGCACUUACUGCUCACGAUUUUGUAGGUACAGAAAUACAAAUUCUUGAGUUAUUGAAGAUCUAUUUUAGAGAAUUGUCUAGUGAGUUGUGGUCUUGUUCGUAAUCAUAAUCAACAGUUGCCUACUAUGUUCAUUUUUCAAUCUUUUACAAUUCAUUUGUUAGGUUUUAGUUCUUUAUUUUUUAGUUAAAAAUAGAGAUUUGGGAAAAUAAUAAUUGGUAAGGUAAAAAAGAUAAUCUAUGUAGGUUUGACAAUUUUUUAAUCAAUCUAUGUAGGUUUGACAAUUUUUUAAUCAAUCUAUGUAGGUAAGUGGUAAGCCCUAAAUAUUUAUGUACUUUAUUCUAGCCGGCCUAUUUAAGAUUAUUUUAUUAUACUAACUUGAAUUUGGUAUACACUUUUCUACCUUAUCUUUUGUUCAUUACAAGGUUAUAAAUCAUAUGUGUUUCUUAUAGUUUCUUGAAAAUUAUCUUUAUUAAUCAAACGUGUUACAAAAAUUUAAAAUAUAACUCGCAUUUAAAAUCUCUAAUCUUUAUUUUAAUUUAUAAUACAGUUCUCAAAAUCAUCAUACUUUUUAAGUCAACAAAAUAUUUUCCCAGAAAUUAAAAAUAAAGAAAGUUGAAAAUGUACUGAUUCAAAGGUUCAAAGUUCAAAUUAUUAUGUCCCUUUCACUAGGAAUUUUCUUGGCUUAAUUGAAAGGUUCAAAGUUCAAAUUAUUAUGUCCCUUUCACUAGGAAUUUUCUUGGCUUAAUUCAAUAUAUCUCUUGGAAUUGAAUAAUUGGAAUAAUAUUUUUCUUAUCUCUGAAAUUACAAAGAAAAGAGAAACCAAUCACUUAAGAAAAUGAAAUGUAAAUGAUUUAAUUUUUAGAGUCAAGAAUGUGACAUCUUCAAUUUAUUUUCUUAUAUAAGAGAAUGAAAAUAAUAACCCAGUUUUAUACCCAUCAAGCUUUACAAAAUAAUUAAUCAGUCAUCACCAUGAAUAGUGUUCUUGUUUUUGUUCUUCUUCAUAUUUUUGUGUUGUCUUUGGUUCCAUUGAAGAUUGAUUCUUCACCAAGAACACAAGCAGAGGCUCUAAUAAGAUGGAAGAUGAGCUUGGAGUUGAAACCAUCUUCUCUUGAUUCAUGGUCCAACAACAACAUCAUUAAUCUUUGCAAUUGGACUAAUGUUGUAUGUGAUGGUUCCAAUGGAGAAAUCUCACAAAUACAUCUCUCCAACUUGGAACUCAAUGGAAAAUUGGACAACUUCAACUUCUCUCCAUUUCUUAACAUCACUGUCUUCAACCUCAGCAAAUGCGAGCUCUCGGGAUUUAUACCAACAGCCAUUGGUAAUCUCACCAACCUCACUUUGUUGGAUCUUUCUGAGAACUAUUUCACUGGUCCAAUUCCAACUUCACUGUGGAGCCUUAACAACCUCAUCAUUCUAGCCCUUUACAACAAUAGUUUGAGUGGUUACAUCCCACCAGAAAUUGAAAAUCUACAACUCUUGUCAACUUUUGAUGUAAGCAACAACCAAUUAUCAGGAGUGUUGUCAUCUAACAUUUCCAGACUGAGUAACUUGGAGAGAUUAAGUGUUUUCACCAAUAAUUUCACUGGUAUGAUUCCUUCAGAGAUUGGAAACUUGAAGAAACUUAAAAGAUUGGAUCUUUCUAAGAACCAUCUCACUGGUCCAAUUCCAACCUCUCUAUGGAACCUAAGAAAUCUCAUCUUUGUGCGAAUUUUCGAAAAUAAUCUUUUUGGAACCAUUCCUCAAGAGAUUGGAAAUCUAAAACUUUUGUCAACUUUUGAUGCAAGAACCAACCAACUAUCAGGAGAGUUGCCAGUUAAUAUUUCCAGUCUUAGUAACUUGGAGGUGUUCUCUGUUCAUACCAAUAAUUUCUCUGGGACAAUCCCUAGAGACUUUGGGAAAAAUAAUCCUAAUUUGAAGAUCGUUAUGUUUGGAAUCAACAAUUUCUUUGGACAGUUGCCACAAGGUUUGUGUAGAAGCUUCAAUCUAGAGUAUUUGGGUGUAAACAACAACAGAUUUACUGGCCAAUUGCCCGAGUGCCUGAGAAAUUGCACAAAAUUAAGAAGAGUAAGGCUUGAUGGAAAUCGAUUCAAAGGUGACAUAACCAAUGCAUUUGGUGUUCACCCACGCCUUAUUUCCAUGUUCUUAAACAACAAUCAAUUCAUUGGUCAUGUUUCAAGUACAUGGGGACAAUGUCAGAAUCUCACCAGAUUACAGUUGGGUCAAAAUAAAAUCUUUGGAAGGAUCCCUUCAGAACUCGGGAGUUUGACAAAGUUGAAAGUUUUGAGCUUAGAUUCCAACGCGUUGAGUGGGGAAAUUCCAACUCAGUUAGGAAAUCUAAAAGUUUUGUACCAGCUUAAUCUCAGCAAUAAUCAUUUGACAGGAAAAAUCCCUACAAGCUUAUCAGGUUUGAGUGAGCUAGAGGUUCUUGAUUUUUCAGCAAACAAUUUAUCAGGUGAAAUACCACACUGGUUAGGUAAUUAUAAAGGAUUGGUGAGCUUAAACCUUAGUCAUAAUAUGCUAACUAGUGAGAUACCAACAGAGCUUGGAAAUUUGGUGUCUUUGCAAUAUGUAUUGGAUCUCAGUAGCAAUUUACUCAUUGGAAAGAUUUCCUCAAGCCUCUCAAGGCUUACAAAGUUGGAAAUUCUCAACAUAUCUCAUAACCACUUGUCAGGUAAUAUUCCACACACAUUUUCCAACCUAAUAAGUAUAAGUUACAUGGAUUUUUCUUUCAACAACUUGACGGGUUCAAUCCCAACUGGAGGAAUUUUCCAAAAUGCAAGAACAAAUGCUUAUUAUUAUGGAAAUGUUGGUCUAUGUGGAAACUCUACAGGACUUAAGCCAUGCAAAACUCAUACCAGCGGAAGUAAAAGUGCUCUAAUUUUAAUUAUUAGUCUCGUUUGUGGCCUAGUUUUUGUUACUACCAUUGUAAUCGUUCUCAUAUUGUGCCAUAAAUUCAAAGUGUUAGAUAAACAAAGGAAAACUUCUAACCAAAAUGACACUCGCCAAUCAUUGAUGAUAUGGGAGAAGGAAGCAAAAUUCACUUUUGGAGAAAUUGUAGAGGCAACAGAAAACUUUGAUGACAAGUAUUGCAUUGGGAAAGGAGGCUUUGGCACUGUUUACAAGGCUAUAUUGAGAUCACAUGAGUUGGUUCUUGCAGUUAAGCGGUUACACAUGUCAGACACGAGUGAUAUUCCAGAAGUUAGUCGCAUAAGUUUCGAAAAUGAGAUUCAAACUCUAACAGAAGUCCGACAUCGAAACAUCAUAAAGCUUUAUGGGUUUUGUUCAAGAAACAAUGGUUUAUACUUGGUGUAUAAGUAUGCAAACAAGGGUAGUCUUGCCAAAGUAUUAUACGAUUCAACAGAUCUUGAUUGGGAUUCAAGGGUGAAAAUAGUUCAAGGAUUGGCCCAUGCAAUCUCAUACUUACACCAUGAAUGUUCUCCACCAAUUAUUCAUCGUGACGUGUCCUUAAACAAUGUACUACUUGGCUCUGAUUUUGUUCCCAUAUUGUCGUAUUUUGGCAUUGCACGUUUGUUGAUCCCUAACUUGUCCAUUUGGACAACUGUGGCUGGAUCGUAUGGCUACAUGGCGCCAGAGCUAGCUUUAACCAUGCGUGUGACAGAGAAAUGUGAUGUCUACAGUUUUGGAGUAGUAGCUUUAGAAAUUAUGAUGGGAAAACACCCGGGAGAACUGUUGGAAUCUUUAUCAUCAGCUCGUUCGAAAACAUUAUUAUUAGAGAAUAUACUCUUGAAAGAUGUGUUAGAUCAACGGUUGUUACCUCCUAGUACUGGGCGAUUAUCAAUGGAUGUGGUGUUAAUAGUGAGCUUGGCAUUGUCAUGUACUAGAACUAGACCUGAGUUACGUCCCACCAUGCAUUUGAUUUCACAAGAAUUGUCAACAAAGAGUGCUCGGGCUUCCAUCAUCUCUGAGCCAUUCGAAACCAUUACAAUUGAGAAGCUUGAUGCACCUUUUUAUGAUUAGUAGUAGUAAGAGUAAAUAUUUAUUUAACUAAUUAAUACUAGAAUUUAUGCAUGAGAAUUACUCAUGAUGACUUAUAUGAUGUAACAUUAUGAGCCAAUACAUUUGCACAUUGCUUAGCAAAAAUAAGAGAAACAUCUCUCAACUCAGCCAGUAAUUGUUUACCAUCAUUAAAAUUACUAUCAACCCUCCACUAAAACUAUACAAAAC